CUUUGCGAUAGUAGCAGACGCCGUACUUUUCAAUGGUGGCGGCGUAGAUGACAACAUUCUGAAGUUUCUCAAGAGAUUACUUACUCAAAUAGGACAAAAGAUAAUGGGAGACUCUGAGGAUUCACAGUAUGGGUGUCUAAUAGUGAGCUGUAGUGAGUUAUCCCCUCCGGAACCGCUCGUACGAGAGAUUCUUGGAGCACACCAGAAGCUGGACGAAGCAGAAAUGCAGAAUGGAGAAAAGUCCUGCACUUGGAACCUGAACACAAAGUAUUACACCGCCCAAGUGCCCGUGCAUUGGCGCAACGAACGUUACCAACCAGAGGACGAGCCCCUGCUGUGUCACAUCCACGGCCUCGUUUUAUUUUGCAAUACGGAUCAGAUCGAAGUCAGCUUAGAACGUGCGACAGAGUGGUUGUCCCACUGCAAUGAGGCGCAAGUGACCUUACUGGUGAUCCGCACGUCGCACCAUUGUGCAGAGGAGGAAGAGGAGGAGGAGGAGGAGCCUCCGGAGCUACAGACCUGGUGCUUGAAGCACCAGUGCGAGCUGGUGUGCUGGCACGACGACGCAGGUAUUCAGCGAAUACGGGAGGCGUUAUCUGCACAUCCUUGGCCUCAACUUCAGAAGCAUGCUGCAGAAAGCGCAGAUGUCGCGGAGGGUGAAGAUGACGGCCUUCCGGCAUCGUUCGAAGAGCUGUUUGCUCAUUUCAGGGAACUCAAGGAAAAGGCAGAAGGGAUGACCGGAGAAGAACGCAGGGACUUUGCAGAAAAAGUGGCCGUGCAGUUCUGGAAGGCCUGCGGCGGAGAUGACGACGAGAUUUCCGGACUGGUCGGCGAUGGUUAGAGUGAGCGAUCAGAUGUAGAGAGGCGUCUCCUGCCCCGUCAACAACCGGAACAUUGAUGUGGGCAUCGUCUUCAUGUGGAUCUGCGCAACAAGCGUGGAUCGUGUAAAUCACGUGACGCUGCCGUAAUAAAUUAUACGUUCGUGUUGUUAAA